AUGAACACUGCUGUAUCGAUAGCAGCUAAUAUAUGUAAUACUGCUACAUCUGAUAUGCCACAAGAAAUUGCAUUAUGUCUUUUUGAGAAUGGAGCUUUUCUGAUCUUCACUGGUGUUCCUAGAGGUACAGAGUUUGGUAUUGAUUAUAAAUCUUGGAAUGUUGAUUCUGAGUUCUGUGGAUUGAAGAUGAUUCCACCGGGAGUUCAUUUCGUGUAUUUUAGUGUGAAAACUGCUCCUAGAAUUGGAUUUUUUCAUUAUUUCAAGGAGCGCGAAAUUGUUGUUCGUAAAUGGGAUGCGAAAUCAGAAGAUAUGCUUAUUGGAGAUGUUGAUGAGGCAGAGAUAUCACGUAUACGAGAAAACUUGAAAUCUAUGGAUAGAAGACUUGGGCCUUAUCCUUACGAGCAUUAUAGGGAAUGGUUUGCUCUUAGCAAUUAUAUUACGGAAGAAACUGUGAAUAAUCUGCGUCCAGAAAAUUAUUACGGCAGGAUCACUGGACAAGCAGAACUGGUUACAAUGGAAACGGAAAUGAUGGAGGAUGAGAACAUACCAGGAUGUUCUACAUCGCGUGUUGAUCGAGAACAUCCUACCAGAAUCCGGUUUGUAGAUGAACAAGGUCUUCCAAUUAUGAGGAUUCGUCCUGGCUUUCAGAUUCGUUUUCAUGAAGUUCAGAUUAUGCCGAUACAUAAGAGACGAAAUCAACAGGGGUUGGACCGUAGUGAAGACCUUGAACAGCUAAUAAGGAGUUCGGGUGGAGACUGGAAAGAACUCCUAGCCGAACUUCAAUUUGCUUUUGUUUGUUUCUUGCUGGGGCAGGUUUACGAAGGAUUUGAACAAUGGAAGAGAUUAAUUCAUUUGCUGAGCAGUUGUACUACCGCAAUUGGACCAAGAAAUGACCUUUUCUUCGCUUUGUUGCCGGUUCUACAUUUCCAGUUGAAAGAGUGCCCCGAAGACUUUUUUGUUGAUAUUGUUUCAAAAGAUAAUUUUCUGACAACAACUUUAUCCAAUCUUUUUGGGAAUAUUGCUGACUCUUCAACCGCUUCUGCUGCAUUGAAGGAGAAGUCUCGGAAAUUUAAAAAUUUUUUGACGAAUCGCUUCAAGUGGAGUUUCGAAUGUUAG